AUUGCAAGGUCAGUCUUCAUCAUAAUUACUUGUCAUUAUUUCCUUCAUUAGAAAACAAAAAACAUCUUCAUUACGCAUCGGUUUGCCAUCUCCCCAUCUUUCCUUCUAUUCCCGAUUCAGUUUCUCUUUAGCUCUUCAGCACCUUCAAGCAUUCAUGGAUUCUGUCCAUCGCCUAUCUACAUCCACCUUUUUCGCCGCGAAAGAAGGAACUAUCAUUCAUCAGAUAAGUUGUUACUCUGCUUUUCAGUCCCUCUGUAGCUAGAAUAUGACCAGCCUUGUUUGAUUCUCUAUAGGUAAAUCAAAAAACACAAGACCCGAAACUUGAACAUAGUUGCUUUGAAUCGUUGAUAAAAACUUCCUUAGCUUGCAGUUUACGAAUCAUCGUAUGUGCAUCUCCUUCUAUUUCAACCAUCCCCAGUCCCAAAUUUAAACCUAGAUGGAUCGCCUGGAGACACACCAUCGCUUCUAUCGCAAAAAUAGACGUGUCGAAAUUGAUUUUAACCGUUGAACCAGUCGGAGCUGUCUGUCUGCCCAUGAGUAGCCCAUUCCCUGACAAACCAGUAUUGGAUCGGGUUAGGCCUACGGGUAGCCGUCCAUAAACAGGUAUAGAUUUUAUCAGUUUUAGAGGGAAGCAAAAAGGCCUUAAAAUCGAAUGGCUCAAAUUGGAACAACGCUUGGGCUCUCUUCCACAUCUUCGUCUUUCAUCAAUGGCGGAGCUGGAGACCCACGCUCCCUCUCAUCCAUUUUCUCUUUCAGACCCCUUACUAAACUCACGACCGCAAAGUCUUCUUCUUUUACUAGUUGCAGAGCUUCAUGGCAAGAGCUGGUGGGAGUGCUGCUGUUUUCAGCAGUUCCUUUCACGGCGGUCAAAGCCAUCGCUAAUAGCCCUCUAGGCGAGGCCCUGCAGAGGCAAUUGUUAAAGAGGAAGAAGGAAGCUCUUGCAAAUUCUUCCAAGUUCCAGGCUUUAGCUCAGAAGGCAAGAAAUGAGAGCUUCUGGUAUGGAGAAGACCGCCCUCGCUGGCUUGGUCCCAUCCCAUAUGACUAUCCUGAAUAUCUAACUGGAGAACUGCCUGGGGAUUAUGGUUUUGAUAUUGCAGGUCUGGGCAAGGAUCCUGUGGAUUUCCAGAAGUACUUUAAUUUCGAAAUUCUUCAUGCUCGUUGGGCUAUGCUUGCUGCCCUUGGUGUUGUGGUUCCCGAAAUUUUAGAUCUGCUUGGAAUCUCUCACUUUGCUGAGCCUGUUUGGUGGCGGGUGGGCUAUUCGAAACUUCAGGGAGAAACACUGGACUACCUUGGCAUCCCGGGUCUACACUUAGCUGGAGGGCAAGGAGUGAUUAUCAUUGCUAUCUGCCAGGCCCUCUUGAUGGUUGGACCAGAGUAUGCAAGAUAUUGCGGGAUAGAGGCAUUGGAGCCUCUGGGGAUUUAUUUGCCUGGUGAUCUUAAUUACCCGGGAGGAGUGUUAUUUGACCCAUUGAAGCUGUCAAAAGACCCAGCAGCUUUUGAGGAGCUGAAGGUGAAGGAGAUUAAAAAUGGGAGGCUAGCCAUGGUUGCUUGGUUAGGCUUUUAUUUCCAAGCAGCUUUGACAGGUAAAGGUCCGGUACAGAACCUAGUUGAGCACCUCUCUGAUCCAUUUCAUAAUAACCUAUUUUCCCUUCUUAAUUCCACGUCAAAUACAUAAUUCUCAAUACAGAAUCAUAGAUAUAAAUACUUUGUAAACCACUUUUUAGUUUUAUCUUACUAUAUAUGUAUGUAAAUGACCAUUACUUUCUUUCUAAAUUUGACAUGGUUUUGUA